UGAGGCUGACCUUGAUAAGGAAUUUUUACCCUCAUCCCUCCCCUCACUUUCUCUUUUUUGACAGCUGCUGCGUGGUGUGUGUGUCUGUGCUCAAUCGUUCCCGUCUUGAUUUCGAAAAUGCCUGUACACGCCUGUGUUGCCCAUCAAAUUUACCAAAAUUCUCCAAUUUCUAUGAAGAAUGAAAUAAACUCACAUGUUGUACUUUCAGGACUUUGUUUGACUAGUAUUCCAAGCACAGUUCUCAAAAACCGUACUCGUAUAGAAAAACUCACAUUGGACAACAAUGUUCUUACUGAAAAUUCUUUCAAUAUGCCAAAGUUCGCCAAUCUUAAAGAACUUUCAGUCAGAAAUAAUAAGAUUCGAAACCUAGGAGUGCUUCUUGCAAACAUUCAGAAAAAUUGUCCCAAUAUAGAAGUGCUCCGAGUAAAAAACAAUCCUGGAAUUCCAGAAAAAUUCACAGAAAAGGAAAAAAUGUUGAUUUCAAAGGUUUUGAAAAAACUACGUGUGUUGAAUGGUCUAGAAACACACCGCCAAAAACGUUAUUCGGGAUGCUCCACCGACUCGAAAACAUCAUCAGGGUCCGAGUGACAACUUAAGUUGCUUGUUUUUUCUACAUUUUUUGUUACUUUUGCAUAAAAACAACAAUAAAUCUUUUUUUUCU